UUCAGGAAGUUCUCCAGUGGAGCUGUUGUUCUCGUGUUAUUCCGUGCAGCUUCUACAGGACUUGUCUAACAUCUCAUCACUAAUUACUCAGAAGGGUCAGACAUGGGCGAGAGGAACACGGCACCACUUUGUCUUCUGAACCGAGUUUGAUCUUCUCUCUGUCCCACCAGCAGUAUUUAGUUAUGAUGUGUGUCCGCAGCUUACCGCUGGUGUGUCUCUGGUUUUGGAGCUCACAGUCACUUUAUCGAGUCCCUCUGAAGAUGUUUAGUGGAAAGUUGGACUCGUCUGUGCUUCUGGAGCUCAGUUCCUUAAAGAGGAACCAGAGCGCGUCUGCAGACGGGUUGUCUUUCGCAUUAGACCCAGCUGGAAACGUGAACUUCUUAAACAUGGUGGACAAUUUAGAAGGGGACUCUGGUCGGGGUUAUUACUUACAGAUGGACAUCGGGACACCAGGACAGACACUGAAUAUACUGGUGGACACUGGGAGCAGUAACUUUGCUGUAGCUGCUGCACCACAUGCCUACGUUUCAGCAUACUUCAACAGAGCUGUCUCCAGUACUUAUAGAACAACUGGCAGGUCUGUGUCAGUCAGAUACACUCAGGGUGACUGGCAGGGAGAUCUGGGCUCCGACUUCAUCACAAUCCCUCAAGGCCCCAACGGCACCAUCUUGAUCAACAUCGCUGCUAUCUUAACCUCAGACGGCUUCUUCCUCCCUGGCAUCAAGUGGCAGGGCAUCCUAGGACUGGCAUACCCCUUACUAGCUCGGCCAGACUCAUCUGUGGAGCCCUUUUUUGACUCUCUAGUGAAGCAGAUCGGCAUCCCAGAUGUUUUCUCUCUCCAGAUGUGUGGAGCGGGAUUCUCCACCAGCACUGCCACAAAACCAGCAGAUGGGAGUUUGAUCAUGGGAGGACUCGAACCAACACUGUACCUUGGCUCAAUGUGGUAUACUCCCAUCCUGCAGGAGUGGUACUACCAAGUUGAGGUCUUGAAGCUAGAAGUUGGAGGUGAGAAUCUGAACCUGGACUGCAGGGAGUAUAAUUCAGAUAAAGCCAUUGUGGACAGCGGGACAACGUUACUGCGUCUUCCUGAGAAAGUGUUUGACGCUGUCGUGGAGGCCAUCAUACAUAUGUCAAUAAUCCAAGACUUCUCCUCUGGGUUCUUCUCUGGGACCAAGCUGGCUUGCUGGGUGAAAGGCGAGUCACCGUGGGGAUUCUUCCCUAAAAUCUCAGUCUACCUCAGAGCAACCAACACUAGCCAGUCAUUUCGCCUCACAAUCCUUCCACAGCUCUACAUCCAGCUGGUCACAGACAUUGACGGUUCACUUAACUGCUUCCGAUUCGGCAUCUCGUCCUCCACCAAUGGGCUGGUGAUCGGCGCAACAGUCAUGGAAGGCUUCUAUGUGGCUUUUGACCGCGCCCACAAGCGAGUGGGUUUCGCCGUAAGCACGUGUGCUGAAAGCGACGGUGUCCCUGUGGCGGAGAUAACUGGCCCGUUCCUAGCUGAGGGUGUGGCGGCAGGUUGUGUAGGCAGCCUCCAGGAGCCUUUAAUGUGGCUGGUGGCCUAUGCACUGAUGGUGCUGUGUGCCCUGGUACUGCUCAUCCUCCUGGCACUGAUUGUUUUGCCAUCCAUACGGAGGCGACGGGACGGAGAGAUCACAGAUGAGUCCUCACUAGUACGCAAUCGCAUCAAAUGAUGCUGUGCCUAAAAAUAGGAGUGUUCGUCAUUCCUUGGGCUGGGGGACACACGUGAGGGAGACUUUCCUCUGACUGAAAUCGGGUUCCUGUUGAUUGUUUAGUGUUAGAAAUUUGAGUUCAUUUGAAGACUCUUGCGGUUACUACUGAAAUGAGGUUGGGAUUCUGGUACUUCUAUUAAAAUGUUUUUUUUUUUUUGUUUUUUUUUUUGUUAAUUAUUAAAAUGAAAAGAUAAAAUAAUUUGCUACUAAUAUUUUCCCACUGGUUCUAAAUACAUUUUACACGAUGGUGCAGCAUCACAGCUCCAUGGUCCACGGUUCCACUUACUGUUUUGCCUCAAGUCCAUAUGGGUUCCCUUUCACUUCUCAAACAUGCCAGUGGAUUAAAGACUAAACUGCACCAAGAGUUUCAGGAGUGAGUGCAUGGUGUCCAGCGGUGGACUGGUAUACAGGUGUAUCCUCCUCUUCACACACAGCGUUCCCAGGAUCGGCUCCGGAUCCGCUGCAACUCCGACCGGGAUGUAAAGCACUUGAUGAACGAAACAAACUGCAGGAAAUCGUGUGCACAUUGCAUUCUAAAAUGUUUAACAGGAAGUUAAAUCGUCUCAGUUUUAGUGAUUAUUUAAAUAAUAAUGCAUUUGUUUUUAGUUGUUUAUGUUAGUUGUAUACACAAUUUACAUUUGUGUAUAUUUCACGAUAAAAAUCAACACAUAGGAAGCAUUAAUAGGUGGAACAACUAAGUGGAAAUAAUUACAAGAUGAACUGAUGCCAAAGAAGCUGAUAUGAACUCCGACACUUAAUUAUUGAUGUGUUAAUGAUGUUACUGAGAUUUUUAUCUUCUGUACAAUACAGUAUUUUUUUUAAUUAUUAUUACAUGAAUAAUUGAUUGUCUGAUGAUGAAUGGACUAAAAUCUAUAACAUGGACAUUCUGAACAAUCACAUACUAUAUAAAUACUGCACACAAACACUGUACAGUGCCAGAUGAAAAUUCCAUUGUUUUUGUUUUUCUACUCAAAAUGUUCAUUAAACACUGAAUAAGA